UUUUCCCUUUGUUAGCGUUUUCCCAGAGCCUCCUGCGUUCUCCCGGCUUUGCUGAAAAGCAGGAGCUGUCAGAAAGAUGACUUUGUUUCACACGAUGCUUCUCCAGAGCAGCAUUGCUUUGUUUAAGCUCCCGUAAGCCAUUUAUCAUAACUGCCAUCGCCUUUUAAUGAGCUAUAAAAUCUGCUGCUUUUCACGGUUGGUUGAAAGGCAUCGUUCCUCAUCCUUACCCUUCCCUUAAGAACCUGAGCAGGUAGUCUGAGAGAAGAAUGUUAACCACGGAUCCCUAACAGUGUAUUCUGAUUUCUGAUCAUAUAUAUUAAAGAAAAAUCCCAAUUUCAGAGAGAAAGCAAGACUGUGUGAAAGUAGAGAAUACCACACUCCAUCUUACAAAAAGAGAAGAUCAAGUCUGGAGUUUCUCUGACUUCGUCUGAAAUUGUAGGCAUGAUCAAUUUGUUUAGGAAACCUUACAAGAAAAAAGCAGGCAAAUUCCAGCCUUUCAAGAAGCUCUUUGGUAAGAGGAAGAAAAGAGAGCCUGUGUCAGACUGUGAGGAAGCCAAACUGAAGCCCAGCCACUCCUUUGGCAACAUCUGCAACGGCACCUUGUCCUCCGAUGAAGAGCCAAACAGUAGUCUGAGGUCCUCCCAUUAUUCUAUGGGCAGUCGAGCUUUUUCCCAUGACAGUAUUUUUAUACCUGAUGGGAGAACAGAGAGUGAACAGGCCAUCCAAGCAAUGUCACAGGAGAACGUUUUAGGAAAAGUCAAAACUCUUCAGCAACAGUUGGCCAAGAAUAUAAAAUUUGGGCAGCCUCCACAAAUGACAGUUUCUGUGAAGACAAUAGGGGAGGCAAAUGCUAGUAGAGAAGAAGAUGUGUUUCUUGGUAGCCCAAUGGAGAUUGAGACUCAGCAGGACACAGUGAUCUCAGACAGUGGUAAUAAAUCCACUGACACUCCAGAUUUUUUGAGAGCAAUGAAUUUGCCUGGAACAAGACAUGAAGUGGAAGAAAAGGUCCCUCCAGUCAAAUCCUCUCGGCCAAAAAGACAGUUUUCCUGUUCUGGCACAAUUGAAACCAUCAAUUUGGAUGCAGUUCCCCAGGCUGCUGCUCGUCUAGACAACAGUGCAGCUAAACACAAACUGUCAGUGAAGCCAAAAAAGCAGAGGAUGUCAAGAAAGCACAAGAGAUUAACAAAGGGAUCACAAAGUUUAACAAUAACAGAAUUCGAGCCAGAGGACCUGGAAACUCAGCUGUAUGGAGACAUAUACCCAGGUUAUAAUGGACAUAUCAUUGCAGACAAGUUAAUCCAGAACAGAGAUGAGCAGAGGCAGCUUCAGCUGGAAGAAGACAAAAGAAUUGAAGAUCAUUGGGGGAUUCUUGAGGCUGAAAGAAUAAGGCAGAUUGUAGAAAUGGAAGAACAAAGAGAAAUGGAAGAACAAAGGUGCCAAGAACUUGAGCAGAUGCAGAAAGAGCAGGAGAGAAGGCAUUGUGAAGAAGAGAGGAGGCAGUAUCUCCUUGAAGGAGAGAUAUCUUCAGAAAUAGAAGAGCAAACACGCCAUAAAGAGGAGAGAAGACUGCUGGAAGAUGAGAAGAGGCAACAGCUGGAGGAGCAGAAGUACCAGGAGCUGGAGAAGCGGAGGCAGAAGGAGUUGGAGGAGCAACAGGGAAGAGAGCUGGAGGAGCUGAAGCACCAGGAACAAGAGGAGCAAAAGACACAAGAGCUGGAGGAGCAGAAGCACCAGGAAUUGGAGGAGAAACACAGACAAGAGUUGGAGGAGCAGUGGCACCAGGAACAGGAGGAGAAACAGAGACAAGAGCUGGAGGAGCAGAAGCUCCAGGAACAGGAGGAGCAACAGAGACAAGAGUUGGAGGAGCACAAUCUUCAGGAACAGGAGCAGCAGCAGAGACGAGAACUAGAGGAGCAGCAGCAGAGACGAGAGUUGGAGGAGCACAAUCUUCAGGAACAGGAGCAGCAGCAGAGACGAGAACUAGAGGAGCAGCAGCAGAGACGAGAACUAGAGGAGCAGAAGCUCCAGGACCAGGAGGAGCAACAGAGACAAGAUCUAGAAGAACAGAGACACCAGGAACAGGAAGACCAACAGAGACGAGAGUUGGAGGAGCAGAAGCACCAGAAAUGGGGAGAGCAGAGACACCAGAAGUUAGAAGAGCAGAAGCAUCAGGGACGAGAAGAGCAGCGGCACAAAGAGCUGGAGGAAAAACAGAGACGAGAGCUGAAGAAGCAGAAAAGUCUAGAGCUGGAAGAAUUAAGGGAAAAUGAGAUCGAAAAACAGUGUCAAGAGGAAGAAGAAAGAAAUUGGCUGAAGGAACAAAAAGAACUUAAGGAACAAAAUAAGGAAGAGAAACAACGACAAGAGCUAGAAGAAAAAGAGCUUCAGGAAGCUGAAAUACAACUGAAGCAGGAGAAAGAAUCUGAGAGCCUCAAACAACAGAAGAAACAGGAGGAACAAAGACAGCUUUUGGAGGAGAAAGGAGAAAAGACAGAGAAGGAACAAUCCCAGCAAGUAAUGGAUAAGAAGAAGAAAUGGGAAGAGCAGAGAAAGCAUAAGCUCACAAAACAAAUGCACUUGGAAAGUGCAGACAGCGUGCAACAAGAUGAACUGAAGCAUCAAAAGCAACAAAACGAACAAGAAUGGAACAAGUUAGAAGAGCAGGAGGUAGGCACAGAAGGACAAAAUCUUCAGCAAAAGCAACAUGAAAAAUCUUCGGAACAGCAACAGGAAAAGGAUCAGUUGUGUUUGGGAGGGGCUGAUAGCCAUACAAUAGAGGAGAAUCUCCAAGAAGGAUCAAAAUCCCAAAACCUCAAACAGCCAGAAAAAGGGAAUAAAACUGCAGAAGAAAUCCUAGCCCAGAAACUGAAGAGAGAAGUUGAGGCUCAGGAGCAAAAGCGAAUAGGGGAAGAACUUAGGUGGCAAGAAGUAGAUGAAAGACAGACUGGAUCCAGACCCUUCACAUUUCAAGUGUCUUCUGGAGAUAAACAGAUCAUAUUUCAGAAGGUAAAUCUGAGUCCAGUCAUGCCUGUCAAAGGAGCAGGACUCUCUUCUCCAUCCAUCAAAGACUACAGGAUGCAUGCUUCCAGCAAGGGCUCUCAUACACUGCCAUCAUCUGUUUGUGUACCCCAUACAGCUAUUUUGGUUACUGGAGCACAGCUGUGUGGCACAGCAGUUAACUUGAACCAGAUAAAGGACACGGCUUGUAAAUCACUACUUGGCUUAACAGAAGACAGAAAAAACGUGGAUAUUCCUUCACCAGAGAAGGCCCAGAAAAAAAUGCAGAAUCCCAGACCCAGCAGCAGUAAAAUGAAAUAUGCACAGGAGACACUGAACAACCAGGCUGUACUUGCUGAGUGGGCUUCCAUCCGCUCCAGGAUCCUAAAGAACGCAGAAAAUGGCAAAUACAAUGAGAGAGACCGAGUAAGUGUCUGCAGACAUAGUGAUGACUGGACACCCAGAGGACGAGGUGCUCCCCAUGGCAACUUGAGGAAAACCCUGUCUGCAAAUGCAAAGUUCUCCAUAACGCCAGCAUGGCAGAAAUUUUCAGAAGCUUCAAGGUCCAAGUCAGAGGCUGAGAGUGUAAGUGCAGCAAAAGUCAAUGAAACAGCAGCUGUGGGAGGAAUCACUGGCUCAUCCACUGAUUCAAAGGAGGAUGUGGCUUCCAUUUUCAAGGAUAACUUAGCUGAAAAGGCUAAGGAGAAAAAGGAAACCCAUAGUGAAAUGACAGACAACACAGAAGGCUGUAAAUUUGCGAAAGAUCUGCCGUCUUUCCUUGUUCCAAGUUUUCCUCAUUCUCCAGGUAAAGAAUUACCCCAGGCAGAACUUCCUGGAGCUCUGGAAAAUGAGCAAAAUAGCAGUACAAAAAAAGCAGAUAAACCAGCACCCAAUGGAGAAGAAAAUGUUUCUCCUUUUGGGAUUAAAUUGCGAAGGACAAACUACUCUUUACGUUUCCAUUAUGAUCAACAGGCAGAGCAAAGGAAAAAGAAAAGAUAUAGUGCAGGAGAUAGUUUUGAUGGUGUGCCUGACCCACUAGUUACUACAGAAGGUGAGAAAGAAUCUGCUGUUUUUGCUCCACAAGAGUGUACAUCACCUCACAUGGGGAAAGUGAACAUCCCUGGUAAUUUAAAAGACUCAAAAGACUCUUCUGUGGUGCAGGUGUCGCAACCAGCAAACUCACCAGUGGUCCUUCCAGCCACUGGCCAGAGUGCUUUACCCUCUCAUGAGAAACCACCAUGCAAAUCACUGUUUCCACAGAAACCUGCUUUAGCUCCAAAGCCCACCACUCAGACACCACCAUCAUCUCCUCUCUCUAAAGUGAACAGAUCGAACCUAGCUGAUAUGCUAGGACAAAGGUUGCUUAAAGCCGAAUCUGAUGGUGGCUGGAGAAAAGAAGACAGAGCAAAUGCAGGGCACUCCCCACCAUCCAAUGAAUACAAAAAUGAAGAGGAAGAAAUUAGGGAAAAGAAGUCAUUUUUCCCAUCUAUAAGUAUUCCAUGGAGAGAAAAAAAUGACAAAAAGCCUGAGCCAUUGAAGAAAGAAAAACCUGUCCUCCAGAGCAGGCACUCUUUAGAUGGCUCUAAAUUGAUGGAAAAAGUUGAAACUUCACAACCACUUUGGAUUACAUUAGCGCUGCAAAAACAAAAGGGAUUUCGUGAGCAGCAAGCUACAAGGGAAGAGAGGAGACAAGCCAGAGAGGCAAAGCAAGCAGAGAAGCUGGCUAAAGAAAAUGCUGCCCUAAGUAAUCAGUCAGAUAAUAAAAGCAGCAGCAGCAAAACAAGCACAGUGCAGAAAUCUACAGCUCAAGAAGGGGAAAAGAAAAUUGAGACUGCUGUGUCAAGACUGGAAAGAAGGGAGCAGCUAAAAAAGUCAAACACUCUUCCAACUUCUGUGACAGUGGAAAUUUCAGAUUCUGUUCCAUCAACUCCACUGGCAAAGGAGGUGGCCAAGAGGUUCUCUACACCUGAUGCUAACCCGGUGUCAACAGAACCAGCCUGGCUUGCGUUAGCCAAGAGGAAAGCAAAAGCCUGGAGUGACUGUCCACAGAUCAUAAAGUAAACUGUAAAAUU